AUGGUGGUUCACCUAGUUCCUAUUACUACUCUCAUUGUAAAGAAGGCUCAACUCACGGUAGAAUUCGUGAAAGAUUAUUAUAUAGCACGUGGAACAGUGAAACUUGUCAACUCUAUAACAAACCUUUUCAUGAUUCAACCACGUUUUCAUAAUGUGCUUGAUCACAUAAUUCCACCGACAUAUGAGAAAGAUGUCGCCGCUGCCGCAACUGUAAAAAACAAUGACAUCGAUCUCUGGAAUCGCCUUGAUGCGGUCGUGUUGCAAUGGAUGUAUGCUACUGUUACACAAGAUAUUCUCAAUUCUAUUCUUGUGAUUAAUGACACAUCUAAACAAUGUUGGAAAUGUAUUGCAGUGUUAUUUCAUGACAACAAACACUCGAGAGCUGUCCAACUCAAGAGCCGGUUCAACAAUACCAACUUGGAGGAUUUUCCUUCAACAAAGGCUUAUUUCAACCACCUAAAACUUUUGGCGGAUUAA